AUGAAUCCAGCUACCGACCCAGUCUCCGCCGCUGCCACUGCAGCUCUAGCUCCGCCUCCACAACCUCCGCAGCCACACCGUCUCUCAACCUCCUGCGACCGUCACCCAGAGGAGAGAUUCACCGGUUUCUGCCCCUCUUGUCUCUGUGAACGCCUCUCAGUCUUAGAUCAGACCAACAACGGCGGUGCCUCGUCUUCCUCUUCCUCCCGGAAACCUCCCACCAUCUCCGCAGCGUCUCUCAAAGCUCUCUUCAAGCCUUCCGCGAACAACGGAGGCGGUGGAAAUGCCAGCGGCAACGGCCGCGUUAAACCGGGAUUCUUCCCGGAGCUCCGUCGUACGAAAUCGUUCUCGGCGUCGAAGAACAACGAUGCAUUCUCCGGCGUAUUUGAGCCACAGCGUAGGUCUUGUGACGUCAGACUUCGGAGCUCUCUCUGGAACUUGUUUAGCCAGGACGAGCAACGAAACCUUCCCACCACUGUCUCCGGCGGUGAAAUUGAGGUCGAGCCUAGGAAAUCUAGCGUCAGGGAGCCUGUUCUAGAGGUUAACGAUGAAGGAGAAGCUGAAAGCGACGGCGAAUUUGAAGAGGACUACGUCGAAGCUGGCGAUUUCGAGAUUCUGGAUGAUUCCGGCGAAGUAAUUGGGGAAAAAAGCGGCGAAAUUGUUGAAGAGAGGGAGGAGGUAGCGGAGGAAGUUGAAAUCCCGGAGAAAGCUUUAACCGGAGAGGAAUUGAAGCCGAUGAAGGAUUACAUAGAUCUCGAUUCCCAAACGAAGAAGCCAUCGGUGCGACGGAGUUUCUGGUCGGCGGCGUCGGUUUUCAGCAAGAAACUUCAGAAAUGGAGGCAGAAUCAGAAGCUGAAGAAGCGGCGAAACGGCGGCGACCAUCGGCCAGGAUCCGCCAGGUUACCGGUGGAGAAACCGAUAGGGAGACAGCUCCGCGAUACGCAAUCGGAGAUCGCUGACUACGGAUUCGGCCGGAGAUCGUGUGAUACCGACCCUAGAUUCUCGCUCGACGCCGGGAGAUUCUCUCUGGACGCCGGAAGAUUCUCCGUCGACAUCGGUAGGAUCUCGCUUGACGAUCCUCGCUACUCGUUCGACGAGCCGCGAGCUUCAUGGGACGGAUCCCUCAUCGGACGGACAGCGUUCCCUCCGGCGGCGAGACCUCCUCCGCCGCCGUCAAUGCUGUCGGUUGUGGAGGAUGCUCCGGUGCACCGUCACGUAACCCGAUCGGAUAUGCAGAUUCCGGUGGAAGAACCACCGGCACCACAAGUGGCUAAUUUAGCAAACAAUGUGUCCGACCCGGUUAUCAUCCCGGGCGGGUCAAUUCAAACCCGAGACUAUUAUACUGACUCAUCGUCCCGGAGGCGGAAGAGCCUUGACAGGUCUAGCUCAAUAAGGAAAACCGCUGCGGCGGUUGUGGCGGAUAUAGACGAGCCGAAGCUGUCAGUGUCGAACUCGUCGGCUGUAUCAAUAGAUGCCUACUCAGGUUCAAUGAGGGAGAACAAUUACACCGUGGAGCCGACUGAUAACGGAUUUUUCCGGGAACCGGCGGUGAUGAUCGGCGAGAGGAAAGGGAAUAGUAACGAUAACAACAAGAAGUCGAGACGGUGGGGGAAAUGGAGCAUCUUAGGGCUGAUUUACAGGAAGAGUGUGAAUAAAUACGAGGAAGAGGAGGAGGAAGAGGAGAGGUAUAGGAGAUUAAACAGCGGGAUGGUGGAGAGAUCGUUGUCGGAGUCGUGGCCGGAGCUGAGGAACGGAGGAGGACCGAGUAUGGUGAGGAGUAACAGCAAUGUGAGCUGGCGGAGCUCCGGUUCGGCGAGGAAAGUCAACGGAGUGGGGAAGAAUAAGAGUUUAAGGUAUUCGCCUAAGAAUGGGGAAAAUGGAAUGUUGAAAUUUUACUUGGCACCGAUGCAAGGUAGCCGGAGGAUGAGCGUUGGAGCUGGCGGUGGAGGAGGAGGAGGAGCCGGUGGGGGUGGUGGCGGCGGGUGGGCGAAUAGUCACGGGCAUUCUAUAGCGAGGAGUGUUAUGAGGCUGUAUUGA